AUGGCUACCUCACAACCCCCUCUACGGUUUACAGGCCAUCACAACCUGGUAUACCGUCUGGUAUUGUCAACCCUCACCGGACGCACCAUUCAUAUCUCGCAAAUUCGGUCAUCGUCGCCCACGAACCCAGGUCUUGCACCUCAUGAAAUUUCUUUCAUUCGUCUCUUGGACGCAGUUACCAAUGGAUCUCAGGUGGAGAUCUCUUACACAGGUACAAUCCUGGUAUACAAACCGGGUUUGAUCACAGGCAGCACCUCCGGCACUGGAGCCUCCGGCGGCAUGAUCAACUAUGAGCUUCCCUCGAACUGCAACCGCGGCCUCAGCUACUACCUCAUUCCCCUCUGUUUGAUGGCGCCAUUCGCCAAGGCACCCAUGAAAGUCUUCUUCUCCGGACCCGGCGUGAUCACCUCCUCCACCCCGACCGGUGAUAUGUCCGUCGACAGCGUCCGAACCGCCAUCCUCCCUCUGUACAACCAAUUUGGUAUCUUCAACAACAUUGAGCUCCGUAUUCUCAAGCGAUCAAACCCCGGCCCAACUGGUAGGGGAGGUGGUGGUGAAGUGCAGCUCGUGUUCGGUCACCAGGUCCGCCUGCCGAAGACUCUGCACUUGAUGAACGCUGGUCGCAUCAAGCGUAUUCGCGGUGUGGUAUACUCCGUCGGUGUGUCGGGCUCCAACAACGCUCGCAUGAUUGAGACUGCCCGUGGUAUUCUCAACCCUCUCAGCCCGGAUACUUAUAUCUUCUCCGACGUCGCAAACGCACCGUUGGUUCCAGCUCCCGAUAAGACCAACCCUCAAGCAAAGAGGAAGAUUGGUCUUGGAUUUGGUCUCUCUUUGGUAGCAGAGUCGUCCACAGGCUGUCUGUUCUCGGCUGAUGUUGCCUCCCCGCCAUCCGGUGGCACCGCCCCCGAGGAUAUUGGAAAGCAGUGCGCAUACCAACUUUUGGAGAAUGUCGCCAAGGGAGGUUGCGUCGCCCCGGCUGCCGCUGCUACCAUGUUUACUCUCAUGACCAUGGGCUCUGAAGACGUGGGUCGUCUGCAGGUCGGCCGCGAGGUGAUUGCGGACCCCAGUGUGAUCCAGCUUGCCCGCGACUUGUCCAAGUUCGGUGCUCCUGGCUGGGGCAUUCGGGAUGCCGCGGGCGAAAACGAGCACGGCGAUGUUAUCGUCAGUGUCGUCGGCCGUGGAAUUGGCAAUGUCGGCCGAAAGGUCGCUUAA